AACCAAGUAUUCCUCUCUCCAGUGUCUUCAUUACAUUGUCCUUUAAUCAUCCAGGCGAAAGCAUCUCAGUAUCCCUGUUCCACCUCACAUCCUAGCUGGGCACUUAAUUCAAGACUCCUAAAGUGAGUACUUUACCUGCCCAUGUGACAUUGUUGCCCCCAGCCCAGCAGUCCAUCCCACCUGCUCCAUGAGGAGGGACAAUGUGAGCUGGGUGAGUGAGUUCAUCCUAAUGGGUCUCUCCGAUGAUGCACGGACCCAGGCUGGGCUCUUUGUGCUCUUUGGGGCCACCUACCUGCUGACCCUGCUGGGCAAUGGGCUCAUCCUCCUCUUGAUCUGGCUGGACACUCGACUCCACCUGCCCAUGUACUUCUUCCUUGGCCACCUCGCGUUCGUGGACAUCUGCUACACCUCCAGCGGGGUCCCCCAGAUGCUGACACACUUCCUCCUGGGGAAGAAGACCAUCUCCUUUGCCAGAUGUGGGACCCAGCUCUUCUUCUCCCUGGCUCUUGGGGGCACCGAGUUUGUGCUGCUGUCUGCGAUGGCCUGUGACCGUUAUGUGGCUGUCUGUGACCCUCUGCGUUACAUGGCAGUGAUGAGUCCCAGGCUCUGUGUGGCACUGGCAGGUGUCUCCUGGCUUGUGGGCCUGGCUAAUUCUUCUGUGGAGACUGCAGUCACUAUGCACCUGCCCACCUGUGGGCACAAUGUGCUAAAUCAUGUGGCCUGUGAGACACUGGCCCUGGUCAGGCUGGCCUGUGUAGAUGUGACCCUCAACCAGGUGGUCAUAGUGGCCUCCAGUGUAGUGGUGCUGCUGCUGCCCUGCUGCCUGGUCUGUCUGUCCUAUGUCCACAUCGUGACCACUAUCAUGAAGAUUCACUCCACUCAGGGAUGCCGCAAAACCUUUGAGACCUGCACCUCUCACCUCACUGUGGUCUCUAUGUCUUAUGGGAUGGCCCUCUUCACCUACCUACACCCUCACUCCAGGGCCUCAGCUGAGCAGGACAAGGUGGUGGUGCUCUUUCAUGCUGUGGUGACCCCCAUGUUGAACCCUCUCAUCUACAGCCUACGGAAUAAGGACGUGAAGGCUGCUGCAAAGUGGGUUCUGAUGUGGAGCUCUGAGUCAAAACAUUAG